GGCCUGUUUUUUAAUAAAAUCAACCAAAUUGUGGAAAUAGGCCAGUGGCGGCAGCUUCUUGCCCUCUUCCUCCAUUGACUUGCCGAUGCAGAUCGAGGGGCGAGGCUGCCGUCGUCGUCCCGGGCUCUCUGUGCGCGUACGCGGAAGAGUGAGGAAGCUCUAGUCCACUCAUACAGCCUUUACGGUUCAGAUUUUGUUCGUCCCAGAUUGAGCGUCCUUUGGCCUUGAAUCCAUGUAUGCAUACAUUAAUUGUGAGGAGAUAGUAUGAUUCUUCAGCGCAGGCUGCGUGUGGCGGCCGCGGGCUGUUUCCAUCUCAAGCAAGCAACCACCCAUAGCAUUCCUAUCACUGUGCUUGGUUGCGCAUGGAUUACCAAGGGGACAAUCUUAGAGAUUUCUUUCAAACUAAUGGGCGUAAGGUGCUUCAGAGAGCGGAAAACAACUAUAGCUUGAAAUAUUUUACAGAAAAUGAGAUACGAAACAUAACUGAUGGGUAUAAGUCUGUUCUGGGAAGAGGGGCAUUUGGUGAGGUCUACAAAGGAACGCUAGAAGACCAAUCCUCAGUUGCAGUAAAGAGAUAUAUACAUGGGACCCACAAAGAGGUGUUUGCCAAGGAAGUCAUAGUGCACUCUCAAAUAAACCACAAGAAUGUUGUCAGACUCUUGGGCUGCUGCACAGAAGAAAAUGCUCUAAUGAUUGUCAUGGAGUUUAUCUCCAAUGGGAACCUCGACAGCAUACUUCAUGGCAACAGAGGUAAUGGUCGGGUUCCCUUCCCUCUGAAGAAAAGGAUAGAAAUUGCCAUUGAGGUUGCUGAAGUAUUAUGGUGCAUGCAUUCGAUGUAUAGUCCUGUUCUUCAUGGUGACAUCAAACCUGCUAACAUACUGCUAGAUGAAAAUUUUCAGCCAAAGAUAUCAGAUUUUGGAAUUGCAAGACUGCUUUCUGCUAAUGGCCCCCAGCAAGCUACCACUGUCAUUGGUUCCAUAGGCUACCUUGAUCCAGCAUACUGUGAGAGUGGAAUUCUAACCCCAAAGAGCGAUGUUUACAGCUUUGGAGUGGUUUUGCUGGAAAUUAUCACAAGGAAUAAAGCAGUGGAUGGCACCGUUACCCUUGCUCAAAGUUUUAAUGAGGCUCUUACAAAAGGGGAGGAUGUGCAGCACAUGUUUGAUGAGGAAAUCAGUGUUGCAGAAAACAAGAAGUUUCUUCGACGCAUUGGACAGUUAGCAGCUAAAUGCUUGCAGAGGGACGUCAAAACGCGUCCUGAAAUGGUUGAAGUUGCUAAUAGUCUAAGGAUGAUCAGGAAAGCUAUGCAGAGAGACCAGGAUGAGGAUGUACUGUUAGCAGCAUACCAAUUUGGAGAUCUAAAAAUUUUCAAUGAAACUGAAAUGAAGGAAAUGACAAAAAACUACAGCAUGGCCUUUAGGAAAUCGAUGUGUGAAUGUCUCUACAAUGGAGUCAUCGGCAUGAAUCGUCCAAUUAUAGUAAGACUACUUGAGACAAGUUCAGAAACUGGCAGAGAGAUAUUUCUGAACACUAUGAGCAUAUUGAGUCAAAAGAACCACAAAAAUGUUGUGAAUAUUGUUGGCUUCCACAUAGGGAAGUCCAGUUUAGAGUGUGUAUAUGAGUCUUGCUGUGAUCUAUCCAAGACAAUGCUUGGCUCUAUAUCACUAUCUAACAGAAACCUUUAUGACACUAUCUGUUCCAUGAAAAAACUUCAUCUUCAACAACGCCUGUCAAUAGCAGUCCAGUGUGCAGAGGGUCUGGUUCAUAUCCAUUCAUUAGCAGCUGAAAGUCCUGAAUCAUGUGGCACCAGCCUCUUAGGAAACUUCAGAUCUGCCAACAUAUUUUUGGACGAGAACUUUGUACCAAAAAUCUUCAAUGUGAACUUGUCAACAUUUCUUGGACUUUCAGGUGCACAAAAACAUACAGUGUUUUCAAUUCAUUACAAUGGACCAGAAAAGUAUUAUUCAGACCCAAGGGAUGUUUCUGGUCAACUUCUUAACAAAAAAUCUGAUGUAUAUAGCUUUGGAGUUGUUCUUUUAGAGCUCAUCACUUGGAAGACUGUGAGAUACAUGUACAAUCUUAGGGCUCGUGUGCUUACCACAGACUUCCUUGAUUCUUAUAGGAGAGACCGUGAUGCAAUUGGGAUGUUCGGCAAGGUUUGUGAUGAACAUGAAGGGUACUUUGUUCAUGAGGCCCUUUCCAUUGCCAUCGAUUGCUUACAACUUGAUAUUCAAAUGAGGCCAGAAAUGGAACAUGUACUUUUCCGUCUCCGGAUCAUUGUUGCUAGAAGCAAACUUGCUGCUGGUAGUAACAAUAAACCUAGCCAACAUAUUGGUCGGGCCCUUGUUAACAACAUUGAUAAACUUCACCCAACUCUCAUAUCAACCAUUUCCAUGGAGGAACUGAAUGAAGCAACCGGGAACUUCAGUAAUGAUGUUCUUAUAGGACAGGGACCAUACGCCGAAUGUUUCCUGGGAGUUCUUAAAGAUGGGCAGAAUCUUGCUGUAAAAAGGCUACGUACUUCUGAAGAAAUUCAAGUAGAGGUUCCGACCAUUUUAAGAAUGUGUUACCAUGACAAUGUUGUGCAAUUUCUAGGAUGUUUUCUUGAAGGGGGAACUCGUGUUCUUGCUUAUGAGUACGCCCCAAGGGGCUCCUUGCAUGAUAUUCUUCAUGGUAAAAUGGGCAUCAAGGGAGCCCGACCAGGGCCACCUCUAUCGUGGUUGCAGCGUGUGAAGAUUGCCGUAAGUGCUGCAAAAGGCAUCGAGUUCCUCCAUGAGAAGGUUGAUCCUCGUAUCAUCCACAACAACAUCAAGUCCAGUAACAUACUUCUCUUUGACAACGAUGUUGCAAAAAUAGGUGACAUUGGUGUUUCAAUACAUGAUGCCCAUCGCCGGGUUCAUAAUUGGGCCGAGUACUAUUCUGUCAGGGAACAUCUAGCACCUGAGUUCGCAUUCAGAAGAAGGUAUAGCACAAAGAGCGAUGUCUACAGCUUCGGGCUUGUACUGUUGGAGCUUUUAACUGGCCGCUCAGUUUUUCAUGUUGCGACACAAUGUGGCCCGAGGAGCGCAGUUAGAUGGGCUAAACCAAUGCUUAGUCAAGACAAGGUGGAACAGUGCAUAGAUCCAAGGCUUGGAGGAGGGUACCUACUAAACGAUGUCAGAAAGAUGGCUUCUGUUGCUGCACUGUGUUUACAAGACGAGCCAGAGUUCCGGCCUGAAAUGAGCAUCGUCGUCGAGGCUCUGAGCCUGUUACUGAACAGCAAGUGAACAAGUAACCGUCCCUGCAUUGGUGAAGCACGUGGAAUGUGAUUUCCUUGCAUGUCAUUGCGAGCUCAAGAUCACGGGUUUCGUGAAGGCGAUUGGCCCCCAACAGAAAGUUAUGAUUACUGCAUUCAUCUAGGCUUGGAACUUGUGCUUUCUUUGUCUGUGCACAUGUAAUACUCAAAAUUCUAAAUAAAGAAUAUAGAGAGAUCUUCUCAUUUUA